CGAAAUGCGCGCCUCUCUGCUCCGCCUCCUUACCGGACUCACACUCGCAGAGGGCGGUCCCACUCCUCUCGCGGGCGACGCCUCCGGAUCGGACUCGGUGAAGUCCUGCAUCGACCUCGACAGGCACUCGAUAAAGGCGGCGCUCUCGACGACGCCCGGCUUUGAGACGGCGGCCUUUUGCACCUCCCAAGCGUGCGGCGCCUGCCGCGCGUUUGGCGUCCCGACGGGCGUCCAGCGCAAGAUAUUCAACCGCGGCUGCUCCGGCGGGCCCUUCAACCGCGGCUGCUCCGGCGGGCCGCACAAGACCUCUUCCGCCUUCUACAGCUGCCGCAGCGGCGACUGCGGCGGCGGCGACUGCGCCGAGGAGAUGAUGAGCGUCGAAGUCGCCGGCGCCGGCGCGGCCGUCUCGAGCGGGCGGCAUGGGACGAACGCUCCCGCGCCCGUCGGCGACGACGCGUGCGCGGAGGCGUUCAACGAGGAGAAGUGCGUCAUGAACGCCUGCUCUGGGCACGCGCAUGCAGCCUGCAACACGCUGGGCGUCGCGAACACCUCUAAUAACAAGUGGAGCGACUUUUCGCUCGAGGGAGGCGCGCGCGCCGGAUUGCUCGAAGGCCCGGACGUGGUGGUGGUGCUGCGCCUCUACGGCGGUGCUGCUUCUCCAAGCCGGGCGCCGCGCUCCGGUGCAGCCUCGGGGCAGCGAGCCAGCAAGGCGGUCCGUCCCCGGCUGAGCAAGAGUCGCGGCUCGGUGGCCUUCCUGCUGCUGCUCUCCGCCCUCCCCGUGGCUCGGGCUGGCUCGCCGCCGCCGCCGCCGCCCUCGCCCUCGCCACCCUGGUACACCGAGGACGCCGCCAUGCAAGCUCCCCCCUCGCCACCAUGGCCGCCGCCGCCGCCGCCCUCGCCACCCUCGCCGUCAUGGUACACCGAGGACGGAGCUUGCAUCUGCAACAUGAACUGGGUGGGCGAUUGCACCGCCCUUGCCUUGGAGGGCGGCGGCCAGUGCAGCGCCGCGGACCCCUGCUUGGCAAACGACCAGGCGUCCUGCCCCAUCGGCUGCCGGUGGGAGACGCUCAGCUACAUGGAGCAGUGGUGCUCGCGUAGCCCGGCUUCCCCCCCACCACCUAUGUCGUGCCACGAGCCGUUUCCGCCAAGCUCGUAUCGUCCCGCCAAGCCGUAUCUCCCGCCAAGCUCGUGCUCCGUGACCGAUCUCUCGCUAUCGAGGCACCCGCGGCGGCCCGAGCCCCCCCGGCGGCGGCGGCCGAGGCCCACGCCGACGGCCGAGAAGGCGCGCCGGCGGGCGGAGGCCCCCGCGGCAGAGGCGCGCGCGGCGGCAGAGGCGCGCGCGGCGGCAGAGGCGGCGGCCAUUCCGAUUGCUACGCCCAUUCAAGGCUGGCGGCCUCCGAGCUAUAGCCAGUCGCAAGUCUCCUCCACCGCCAUGCCGAUCGUUCGCGGCGAGCCUGUCGAGGACGGCGAGAUCGUGCCGAGCUCGAACCUUGUAGCAGAGUUGCAGAGCCUCGCCGCGCUCCACCGCUCCGGCGCUCUCUCCGACGCCGAGUUUUUGGCGGCAAAGGCGCGCAUCUUAGGAGGGUCUGAGGCUCAAGGGUCUGAGACUCUGGUCUGAGACUCUGGCACUCGGUCACGGCCAUGAGCCUUCUAAGAUCGGGUCAGGCACCCGCCCGACAGGAAACGAAAAUCCACCUUUUCAGGGGGUCUCGGGCGCGGGGUCGGCGGGGCAGAGCCCCGCGGAGAAAAGUUGCUAUUCAUUUCAUACAGGCAACAUGAACAUCCCCCAACCGUGGUUUCUCAUCGUGUAUCUAGAUUCUAGCUAACACCCACACGACUACCGACUAGCGACUACGGCUUUACCAGUCUACUAUACUACUGGCGUCUACUUAGUCCCU